AUCUGUACACACAGGUCCCGCUACAGACGCAGGCGGAGGACGAUCCCAUCCAGGAAGGUGUCCUGUGACCCUACAAGAUGCCAAGCAAAGAGGCCCAGUACAUCUACGGGUACCCGAAGAGAGGGCAUGGCCACUCCUACCUCACGGCUGAAGGGUUCGCAGGGAUUGGCAUCCUGACAGUGAUCCUGGGAAUUUUGCUGCUCCUCGGCUGCUGGUAUUGUAGAAGACGAAGUGGAUACAGGAGCCUGAAGGACAAAAGCUUUUAUGCUGGUACUCAAAGCACCUUAACAGGAAGAUGUCUGUCCAAGGGACCUGGUCCACAGGACAGCAAACUACCUUUUCAGGAGAACAACUGUGAACUUGCGGUUCCCAAUGCUCCACCUGCCUAUGAGAAACUCUCCACACAACAGGCACCACCACUUACUCUCCGUGAGAGCCAGCGAGGCCCCUGAGAGCUGCUGAGAUGAUUUCCCUCACGCUUUGGAUUAUGUUUAACAUGGGCAUUUAAUAUUUUGCUUCAGAAUGCUGUAGAAAUGGUGUAUACCAUCUCUAAUAAUAAGCUUAGUGUUAAAUUUAGUAGGGCAACAGCAAUACUAACUGAGGAAAUGAUGAAAAAUAUAAAAAUGGAAAAACUUUGUCAAUAAAUGUUGAAAUGCAUGAUAUGGUCUGCACCAGUAGUAAUGCUAAUACAUCUGUGGUGUUAUUUCUGGUUGGAUAGCAUUUAAGUGUGUGUUCUGGGACCAUUCAAUUUCUUUUUAGUUGAAAUUUCACCAAUAACUAACAAACCACUAUUCUGCUUUUUGAAGGAGCAACCUCUUGACCAAACUGAACUGUAACGGGUAAGUUUGUGCUAUGGAGUACUCCCAAAGGGUAACUUUACAGCUUUAAGACCAAAAGCUGAUUGAUGUACCAAAUCAUAUAGUCAGACUGAUCUGAUCAGGAAAGUGUCAGCAAUGUCUUUUCGUGUUCCAUGAUGCUAAAAAACGUACUGUGAAGAUCCUCUUAAGUAAUAUAGUUCUAAUUGCAUUUUAUUUCAGGGCUCAGUGUUAUUAUAAUUAAUGACAAGAAUUUUCUGUUAAACCAGAAAGUGGUGUCAGAAUUUAAAUAGGCAAAAGCUACUCUAGUUAAGUUUGGCUGAUAUUUUGCCUUAAAUGUGCCAAUGGAAAUUUAGUUCAUUUGGAUUCCCAAAUCCCUCUCAAAAGAGCAUAUAGAAGAAAUCAUAAAGGAUCAGAGAUUCUGGAAGAGUGUUACCAUUUGCUGGCAACAUUGCAAUUCUUUUGUUGUUGUUGACAUCUACCUAUCAUGUAUACUAUUUAUCUAAUAUUUUUCUUUCAGUCAGCUCAUUAAAAAAAUUUGGCUUAAAUGUGUAUCACCACACAAAAUGGAAAAUCAGUAUCAUUUUCUGUAAGUAGAGGACAACUGUAAACAUGAAGAUAAUGAAAGGAAAUUAUUUUUAUUAAAACGUAGAAGAUACUGAUGGCUGCAGAAGGCUGUCAACCUGAAACCUGCUCCCUUUAUUAAAGAGGAAGAUUAGCAAGAAUCAGAGAAAAGCUUUUAACGUAAUUAAAAGGCUUGCAAGAGAAAUAAAUGACUUUCUCAAUAUGUGAUUCAGUAUUAUCCUAUGCUGAGUCAGUAAACCACCUACAAUCGUCUUGUGUCAUUGGAAACAUCAGAGUAGCCUAACAGCAGCAUUUUCUACAAAAGACAAAAUUGCACUGAAGAGAAAAAAACACUGAAUAAAGAAACUUGUUACACACAUUGAAGAAAAUGUCCACAAAAUGCUAAAGUACCUUUCUGUCCUUUCUCUGUCCAGUCUUACCACUUAAAAUAAGCUCUGUCCCUUCCCUUUUCAAACAAAUAAGUGAAUCCUAAACCAAGUAAACUCCAUCAGGCAUUUGGUCAGCUCCUUUCCUCACUGAAAGGCUUAGUCUGAGCCUUAAUUGUCCACAUUCAUAGAGUAACUUGUGGCUUGAGCCCUGGACCCCUCCAAGAUCCCCAGACCAUCCAUCAUCCAAUGAGCAUUCUCUCCUUCCCCAUGGAAAAGUCCCUCUUCACAGUCCCUCAAGGCAGUGUCUGUCCUGGGGGACAGGCAAGGAGGGUUGAGUUGAGUCUGCUAGGGAAAAACUAGAAGAAUGAGAUUUUGUUUCAAGGAAUUUAAGGUGUCAGAUUCAGCCAAAAGUAGGACCUGCUCCUUACAAAGAAGCAGCCACACUUUUGGAAAUGAUUCCCUGGAUUGGAGACCAAUUUUGGAAGGACCAUGGGAUCUGGGAGCUGAAGACUGCAGGAUCACAUGGUGGAAGGAGCCUGGGUCACUGAGACACCACUGAAGGAGAGACUCCUCCAUCUAGGAAUGCUUGGAUUGAGUGAGGACCAACUGGCCCCACAGAAUAUCCAUAAACUGUUAAGACAUUGCCAAAUCUGACACUGAA